UACUGUUGUUUUGAAAGUCACAUGGUCAUUUGGUGGCGUGAAAAAACGAGAGUUCAUUCAGUGGAGAAAAAUGAGAAGUUGGGGAGGGCGGGUGCGAUGCCUACACCAUAAAAAUAAAUGAUGAAGACUGGGUAAAACAUCCAGCAGCACUCGGUCACACACAUCACUCAUAUCCCAGCCUCAGAGCAGUAGUAGUGUUCAACUUCAGACAGUUACGAUGGCGCCGGUAGCAUCAGGUGAGGCGCAAGUACAGAUGACCAUGGUCCCCACGGCCGGGCCGGGACCUCCGGGCAGCGCGGGGAGCAUCUCGCUGGGGAUGCUCGUCGAUUUCAUCAUACAGAGGACGUACCACGACCUGACCGUGCUCUCCGAACUCCUCCCGCGUAAGACGGACAUGGAGAGGAAAAUCGCCAUCGUGCAAUUCGCGCACAGGACAAGGCAGCUGUUUGUAAGGCUACUGGCUCUGGUGAAGUGGGCAAACAGUGCAGCCAAGGUGGACAAGUGCGCCAUGAUCUCAGCAUUCCUGGAUCAGCAGGCCAUGAUAUUUGUGGACACAGCAGACAUGUUGUACAGGAUGGUACGGGAGCUGGUCCACGCACGGCUGCCCAGCUUCAACAUUCCCCACGCUGUGGACGUCCUCACCACAGGCACAUACCCCAGGCUGCCCAAGUGUAUCAGAGACCGGAUCGUCCCCCCUGACCCGAUCACCCCAGCAGAGCGGAAAGCCACCCUCCUGAGGCUGAACCAGAUCAUCCAACACCGCCUGGUCACCACAGACCUGCCUCCACAACUGGGAAACUUAACUAUAGCCAAUGGCAGGGUGAAGUUCCAGGUACCCCAUGAGUUUGAGGCCACCCUGACACUGAUGGGGGAUGAACCCUCCAUACCCUGGAGACUGCUGGGCAUCAAGAUACUGGUGGAAGACAAAGACACAGGAAAUGGCACAGCGCUAGUCCACAGUCUGCAAGUAAACUACAUUCAUCAGCUCAUCCAGUCACGUCUCUUUGCUGAUGACAGGCCGCUGUAUGACCUCUAUGAUUGCCUUCAUUCCUUCUGUCAAUCCCUGCAGUUAGAAGUACUCCAUUCACAGACACAAAGACUGAUCCAUGAAAGAUGGAGUGACCACAUCAGAUUGGAAGAGUACACCAUUGGUCAGUCCCUCACAGUAUCAUACUGGAGGGCGCAGCUUGUCGAAGCAGCACAGAACAAGCUCGAGAUUCCCGUCACGCACAAACUGACCAUCGCAAUGCACGACAAUGACAAGAGCAGGCCUCUCCAAGUGAAGCAUCAGCCGCCAUUGCCUUCCCAUGAGCCAGUGCAGGUGGACCAUGCCAUUAAGAGUGACUGUCUAUCGAUGGAGAAACUGCUGGUCCAGACCGUACAGGCGCGUGCGUACGCACGACUGAAGGAGCUCCAACUACAGAUCAAGGCUCACAAUCGUGAUGACCAGUCCCUGAUCUGUGGAAUCCCCCCCGUCCUCAAAAUCCCCAUCCUGUACCCCUGCACAGAAGUAGAGUACAUGAACAUCGUGGCUGACUUACAGACGGGCAUGUUACAGCCUAUGUUCUACCACGGGGAGUCCCAUUUAGAAGAGAUGGAGAAGAAUAUCAACUCAGACGCGAGCAGGACCAUACGGAUGGUCAGUGAUUUAAGGUUCGUGAUUGCGCGGCGGCGGUGUCAGCACACCGUUCUACACCUCCCUACCGUCUGCCACCGGAAACUUCACCUUGAGAACUUCCAAACACACCCCAUCUCCAAACUCUCAUCUCACAAGGUAUACCUCAGGCUAACCAGGCAUCCUGGGUACUACUUAGUCGUAGAGUUUCUUGAAGGCCAACAGUUCUACGAAAUAGAGUACAGAUAUCACUUGCUUCAGUUGAAGGACCAGGGUGUGAAGUCAGAAGGGGAGUCCAGCGACAGUCCAGUGUCCAGCCAUGCCGGCAGUCUGGUCACUCUGGACCCUGCCACUUUCUCCAAGGAGGUGGGGACAGCUACCCCUGGAAUCAAGAGAAAGAUUUCAAUCCAGCACGGCCACGGUGGACCACAGUUGAAACGUGAGCGUGUGGACGCAGGUGAACCCUCCAUGUACCUGCCGGAUGUGGCUCACCUCAUAUCUGUGUGCGACACACAGAUUCCACUCAUCAGUCUGUGUCAGGAGCUGAGUAGGAGAGGCAUCCCAUGUCAGGGUGUCCAAAGCGAGGGUUAUGAUGUUGGCCUUGGCGUGAAGCUUCUCGCCUUGCCGUCGCUGCGAGGGAUCCCAGAUCACGUCGUGUUCAAGCUGAAGUCCGACUGCCUGGGCUGCACCUUCCGCCUGCAGGGCAAGACCAGCCGCGUGUGGACUGCCGAGCUCGUCUUCGCCAACUGCCCGCUGGCGAGCACGACGCAGCGCGAGCAGACCAGCAGCCGCCACGUCUACUUCACCUACGACGGGUUGAAGCCGGACUCUGAAGCCGCGAGCAGCGGUAACAACAACACAGAGAACGCCAACAUCACGCCGGUCAUGGACAAGUUCCUGCAGGACUGGCGCAGCAUCGCAGAGAUGUAUGCCACCGUACUAGACUUUGCCAGGAACUACAAAGACCCCAACAGGCAGCUAUUUCAGAUGGUGGAGGUGAAGUCCUUCUCCUACAAGACGCUAACGCUGAGCUACGGAGUCGGGCGCUCCAGCACGGUGAAGAUCCAGUGGGUUCCUGAGGGCAGCGGCGGUAGCUUCAAGCUGGGACUAGGGAUGGUGGGGAGAGUGAACAACCCCAACUGUCACAUGAUUGUCCAGUCACAGCUGCAGGAGGAGUUCAACACCCACAGGAACAUCGCACAGCUCAUACAGGUCCUGUGUGAGACCCAGAGCCCGCUACAGUCCAUCACUCGCCUGCCGCAGACCACCAUCCUGGGCUGUCCCAACAAGCCGCUCAGUCCCACGCAGACGUUCACCAUCCUGCCGCAGUCCUCGGUCCACGCCAGGAUCGCAUUUCGGAACCUGUACUGCCUGGACGUGCACUGUCGCGGGAGGAACCUGGUCGCUAUACGGGACGGAGCGUACAGCCUGUUCGACGUUAGCAAGGUGGUGGAAGGUUUCACCCCUACACAGGGUCUGAAAGCAUUCCUGUCCAUGUUUGAAGACAGCAUGGCUCACUCUAGACGGAGGUCAGCUAGUGAAGACGACAACCCACCUUCACCUAUUGGGAUGGACAAACUGGACACGUACAUGACCCAACACCAGCUUCACCACCAGACGACCGGUGCCUCCCCCCUCCCCAGGACCCAGCCCAGUGCCUACCACCCCAUGAACCCCAUGACUCCCCCCACCUCCCACUCCAACCCUGCCACACCCGCAUCCCCACACACAUCCAUGCUGGCCACAUCACAGAGUUACAGCACCUCCCCUGGGUCAGCCUACCCCCUGGCCUCCCCACCCCAGCUCACACCCCAGCACCCCAACCCCGGUGCCCCCAUCACCAGUGCCCCCACCCCCUCCCCCUCCAUGCUGUAUGGGACCCCCUCCCCCAGCACGUUCACCAGUAGUUCUCCCAGCGUCCGCGUUCCAUCUCCGAGCUCGUUUGUGCCGGCGCCAUCCCCACAGUCCAUGGGAAUCAACAUGGGACCUUCUCCUGCCUUCAUGAACCCAACUGGUAAGUUACAGUUCAACUUACACAAUGGUCCCCCGUCUCCGUUCCACGCAGGUCUGACCAUGCCGUCCCCCGGUACCAGGAACCCGUGGCCUGGGUCCCCCUCCAUGCAGGGUCCCUCCCCCGCAUCACGGGUGGGAAUGGCUUCACCAGGUGUGGGGAUGUUGAGCCCACCCUCCCGUAUCCUCCCCCAGCGGUCCUGGGCAGCCUCCAUCCCCACCCUGCUGUCCCACGAGGCCUUCGCCACCCUCAUGACCCCCUCCCCGCCCCCCGGGGUGAUGGGGGGGCCGGCUGCCUACCUGUGCUGUCCCCUGGAGAGGUUCCUGGGAUGUGUGUACAUGAGGAGGCACUUACAGAGGGUCAUCCAAGGGGAGGAGUCGCUACACCUGUUGCCAUCCAACGAGCCAGGAGUGAUCCUGUUCCACGUGGAGUCCAUCAACUUCCGUGUGCAGCUGAACCCCUCCACCCUGCAGACACUACACCUGAAGGCCACACCCAGGCCUGAGGCUAUGGAGAUGUGGUCCAGAGAAGAGCUUAAUAUCCUGGAGAGCUUCUUUGAUACAAAGGUUGUGUGCCCACCGUACAAGGCCAACACCCUGACAGCGUUUGGGCGACUGUUGUGUGCUCCCACGGCUGUGCUGAGAGACUGCAUCCAGCUGAUGAGACUUGAGCUGUUCCCAGACCAGGCUCUGAAGUGGCAUCUGCAGUGGUGUCUGACCAUCCCACCCAGCGGCUCUCCCCUCGCUCCUCCCGGCACUCCUGCUGUCGUCAUCAGGACCAAGAUUCUCUUCUUUAUCCAGUUGACCAGGAUGGGCAUGCCCCCCACACAGGACUCCACUGUGGUGGUGCCUAUUUUAUAUGACCCCUCCACAAACACAACGCAGCAGGCAGACAUAUCUAACCGUGCCGGGGCACCGGGACAGGCCGCCCCGCCUAACGCUCUGUCUGGGAUGGUGGGAGACAUGCUGAAGAGAUGGGCUUCCUUCAGCCAGGGGCAACAGGGAAAUGAUUGCACCAUUUUCCCAGCCAUACGAGACCUUCUACACAACCUUAUUCCACAGUGAGACAAG